GGCUUAUGUCUUCUAGGCUCUUCACAACACUUCUCCAUCACAAAAAAAAACCUAAUCGAAUCUCCUUCCUCUCCAGGCGACCCACUCCUCUCCCACGCUCUCCACCUUCGCUGCUACAUCUCCAGCGCCGCCCAGCCCUUGUUCGGCGGUCACCACAGCCCUGUUCGCCGGUCACCACAGGCCCUAUCCGCCGGCUACAUCAACAUCGACCACAGCCCUGUUCGCCGGUCACCACAGGCCCUAUCCGCCGGCUACAUCAACAUCGACCACAGCCCUGUUCGCCGGCUACAACAACAUCGACCACAUCCCCUCUUCUUCUCCUUUCUUUCUUGCAUAAAGAAAUGGGAGAGAAACAACAAUGGUCAAACGACCAUCUAAAAUGCUUAUUAGAGACUUGCAUUGAAGAGAUAAACACGGUGGGUAGAAAAGGCUUGAGUUUGCAUAAAGACUCGUGGAAUAAAUUCGGAAAAGUUCUUAAGGAAAAAUUUGGCUUGGAUUUGACUCAAAAACAAAUGAAGAAUGCAUAUGAUAAUCUUAAAGCCAAAUACGUAGGUUGGGUGUAUUUGAAAAAUAAAACCGGCAACAUAUACAACCCUCAAACAAAUACUUUUACCUUAACGAACGAGGAAUGGGAAGAAUUUAAGAAGGGGCAUCCAAAGGCUGCAUCAUUGAAGACAGUUCCGUUGCCUUUUCCAGAACGAACUUUGUGGAGAAAUGUUUGAUGGAAAUAAUUGCAAGUGGACCUCAACCCAAACAACAUCCGGGGUUGGAUCUUCUUGUCAUCGUGUCCAAUCACUUAUGAUUAUGGACACCCAUUAUCUUGACACACAAGAUGAUGCCGGCACCUCUGAGCCUACUUCUGAGCCUAAUCCUGAGCCCACUUCUGAGCCUACUUCCGAGCCCACUUCUGAGCCUAAUCCUGAGCCUAAUCCAAACAAAAGGCCCAAAAUCUCAAAAUCAUCUAUUAACCAUGAUGAUUUAGUACGUGAUAUGCAGAAGGCUCUACAGGUUUUGAUUAAAGGCAAAGAAGGGCUGACAGUUCGUGAGUGUUCUGAGAAGUUAAAGUUGGUUGGGUUAGACCCGGUAGAUCCUAUAUUCUUAGCUGCUUUUCAUAUUUUUGGGGUGUCCUCUGACAUGAGAGAGGCGUGGAUGGCAUUGCCAGAAAUUCCCGAGGACUUAAGAGGGUGGAUCGGGAUGACGGCAAAAAGUUUAGGCCUGCUAAAGUAGUGAAGACCUUACAUGCUUAACACGACUGCUAGCUUUUGUUUAUGUUUGAGA